GUAAAGUAUUACGUCAUGAUAACAAACACAGAGGCUAGCACGUGGCGUUAUUUCUCUAAAGCGUCAAAGAGAGGCUUGAAGGCCUCGUUUCAGUGUGUCGCCAUAUUUUGUGCAAGCAUCACAUGUCUCAGUGUUGGUUCCAAAGGGACAUGGCCGUUAAAUGUUGGCCUGAUGAGUGUCGAUAGAACAAUUCGCGGCGUGUUCGAUCGAACUUGCCAAAGGCUUCUCCAGAUGGUAAUGGCAACGGAUUUGCCAUCCAACGGCAGCAUGGAGCAAAAUCAACUCAAAUCCGACACAAUGUCGGGGAACAUGAAAGGAGCGUCUAACCUGAGCACGCGAAGCGAAAGGCAGACAACUCGAAGUUUGCGUUCGAAAUCUUCCCGUCAUAGCACGAAUUAUAUUCCAAAGAACGGUAAUCAAGAACGAAACAACCACGAGAAGAAUAACGAUCUUUCGAUACGGCAGUCGGAGGUGAUGGAAAGCCAGGAUAAUUCAAAUCAUAAGUCUGACACGACGAACUCCCAAGUGACUCAUCUGAGGCAACUACUAUUAUUACAUCUUGAACUCAUUCAGCAACAGCAAGAAAAGCUACAGAAAAAAGACAGAGAGCUCAACCAGCUCAAGAUAGAUAAAGAACAGCUGGAAUCCCGCAUCCAGCGGAUGGAAAGAAGGAUGGCUGUAAAGAAAAGACGUGGUGACCUUCCCGGCAAUGAACUGGAAUCAUUACAGGAAUCUGCAAAACCCAAUGCUCCAAAAAGUCGACGGCUUUCGUCUGAACAGAUGAUAAGGAGUAAACGAGUUCCUGCAACAUCGUCAGUUGUUAUCUCUUCUCAAUUGUGCGACAAUGAUAGCUUUCAAACAAACAUGCGAACAGAAUUACUUUACCUUCAUCAUAAAUCUACUGAAUCUGGGAAGCUAGAGACUCCGAAUGACAAGUUAAAAGAAAUCAAAUUGGAGGAGAAGAAAGAUAACAAAGAGGGCAAUGAUUUGUCACAUAUAUUAGUUCCAAGCUGGAAGUUAAACGAAGUUGCACAGCCGACACACAAAGGUGGCAGAUCAAGCUCAUCUUCACGGUCAUCAACAUCGAACAACUCGGAAUCACUAGAGAAUGUAGAUGAUGAUGUUUUCAUGAAAAGACACUUGAAACAAGAAGUAGAAGAAAGGAGAAGAAAAAGGUGGGAUGUUCAAAGAUUCCGUGCUCAGCAGCUCCACAAAAGUUUAGAGGAAAAGAAUAGGUUACGGGAAGAGUCAAGGUUAAAGGGAAGAAAAUUCAAAGGCAAAGAUUCAAACUCUGACUCAGAUAACACUUUCCAGUCUUUUCUUCCUUCAAAUGACGAAAUUACAGCCAUUGAAGUGUCAGAGACAGUUCCAGUUUCAGUCUUUGGAUGUCCAGUUCCUUUAUUUCAAAUGAAAGAAUUCGAAGUGCCUUGGUUUAGUUUGGAUCGAAGAGAGUUGCAAGAACGAGCCUCAAGAGGACGAGGCAGAAGUAGGGGUGGUCGUGGCAGAGGAAGAGGUCGGGGAAGGGGACGAGGAAGGGGCAGGGGUAGAACUCUUUGAAAUUCAAAUUUUAUAGUUUUUGGUUUUUGUUUAGUUUUUUAUGUUUUGAACCUGAAUAGAUCAACUAAUUAUGAAUAAGUGAAGCAUGAAAGAUCGGUUCUUAAGUCGUUAGUUAGUCAUUAUUAUUUCAUGUACUAAAUUAUAAGGAAAGAUACGUUUUUUAUUGGAGGGAGGAGGGCUAGGGUUACAGAAGGGAGGGUCAUCAGUAGGAAUUUGAACUUUUGUGGAGGAUCAAACCUUGUCAUUUUGACAAAAAAAACUUGGGGAGGGUUGACCCCAGGGGCGGUACUCCGCCAGGAUUUGGGUAGGGACGUUCCGCUGGGAUUCUGAAAGGGGUACCCUAAUUAUGACAAAAAAAACUCAAAUUUGUAGACCCUGUUUAUGACAAAACAUAUUUAUUGCACUGAGUUCCUGUUUC